AUGACACUCGAUACUAGCUGGCCGUGCGGAUUCAAGAUAGUUUCGUUCGCGCGCGCGUCAGGCCUUCUUGAAAGAACGACGUGUGGUGAUAUUGUGGUGUCAUCUCGGCUCGGCAAGGUGGAGCCCGUGAGCGUCGGGGUCGGGGUCGCGACCAACUCGGGACACGGCGCCAGUAGCAGCGGCGCCGUGGCGGCCGUGAGCGGCGGAGGCGCCGCAGCAGCAGCCCAAGCUGCUGCUGCAGCUGCUGCGCCCGUCGUGCAAUUGGAGCCGAGUCCCGGACUGGGACUAGUGCCGGUGCCGCGAGCCGCGUCGUCGUCGGCGGCGGCGGCUGCAGCCGUGGCCGUGGCGGGCUCGGGAGGCGGCGUUGUUGUGGCGGCCGGGAAUUCGUCUGGCGUCGUGUCGGCCGGCUCGGGCUACGGCGUCGUGUGCGGCAGCGGGGCCAGUGCCGUCGCCGGGUCGUCGCAAAACCCCGGGGCCUAUGCCCAGCCCUACAAGAUGUCCGCGCUCAGCACGCGGGUCCCGAGCCCCCUGCCGCAGGGCGAGAACAAUUCGCCCGUCGCCGAGAACUGGUGCUACACUCAGGAGUUUCCGAGGGAACUGGGACGAAUUAUUGGCUUCUUGUAA